AUGAAAUUCGGAACAAAAAUUUUGAAUAAAUCUGUUCCUGAAUGGAAGCUUCAUAAUAUUGAUUACGAAAAGCUGAAGAAAGCUAUCAAGCGGGCGACCGUGACGAGUGCUGACGGGAACGAUAGGGAAAACUUGGAGAAUUGUACGCAAUUGUUUAAGGAACAAUUUGGUAGUAUUAAUGUGUUUACUUCGCUUAAAGUGAAAGAGAUUUCUUCUAGGUUGGUUGCCAUCGAAGCGUCUAUCAUCAAUUUCAAGAAGCGGUUCUCUGAUGCGGAGGAUAACAGAAAAUUACGCAGCAGACAGAUCAAGCUGAUCUCUACACAUUUGGAUAAUUGUAGCAGCGAGUUGCAACGAUUAUCAAGGUAUCUCAUUCUUCAGAAGAUUGCGGUGGGCAAGUUGUUCAAGAAGCUCAUCAAGCACUAUCCGGGCGGCGCUCAGCAGGCUAGAGCGUACAUUCAGGAAAUCCGGGAGUUGCCUGAGUUGGUCGACGGGUAUGGUGGCAUCUCGUUCACGAAGGUGGAUCUGGAUCCUUAUCUUCUGGAGGUGUCUCUGAUCGUUAACGUACUGCACCAUCUGCGGCUCGGCUUGUCCGAGGCUGUGGCGACGUCGGCGAAGGGAAAUAUAGACUCAUCUUUGGCGUUCGAUACGCAAUUUUGCGGUCGGUUUGCCAGCUUACAGAAAUUUCUGAUUUCUGCGGAGAAUCUUGAGGAGUUUAAGUUCAUGAUUCUGCACCAUGGGUUCCAUGUGGUUGCUGACGAGAUCAUCUCGACUUCGAGAAGCAUUAGGGAGGCCAGCGGAAGCUUGAACACGAUGGAAACGCGAUCUAUCAGGUCUGCUAGGUCGUUCAAGGCUUUACAACAGGUGGUCACGUGCCAGCAGCCGGCAAACCUCAGCGGGUCUCCAGCCUCUAUGCUGCAGGAGCAAGAGAUUCAUGUCGGGAAGCCAGUGUCCUCUGGCACCUUAUUUCAUUCGACAAGUCCACGUUUGUGUCUUUCCAUAUUGGACUCCAAGGAUAAACCUUCACUUCUUGAGGAUGACACGAUCAAUCAACAUCCGAACCUCGUGAUGAUCUCAGGCAAUGGCGAAAACCAUUGCGUAGUGAUGUGUCAUGUUGGCGGGUUGAGGGAUCAUUUGGAGACUGCAGAUCUCUCAUACAGAGAAGUAGCGCAAAUUUGGGACGGUGAAACCAUAGAUCUAGAAUCCCAAGAGAUGCAAGAGCGCCCGCCUAUGGCUAAAUUGGCCAUAGAAUGGAUACAAUCUCGUCGUUUGAAACCUGUAGAACCAAAGAUUUAUUUCAAGCGAGUAAGAUUUAUCUGUAACGAGGAUGACAAAACUUAUCUGAUAGCUUUGGAUGAAGAGAUUACUAUUGACAAUUUGGGCACACUACCGCAUGCAUUUGUCGAAAUAAGAAAAUUACCUGCACCUCUUGCCUCGGAUGACUUCGAUGACAAGUUGGUGGAUCUAUGUGAAGCCCUUAUUGAAAAUAAGACCCAAGCGUAUCCACUGUCUUCUAACAUGACUCUUUGGAGGCUUUGCUUUGAGCUUCGUCACUCUAAAGAGUUACAAGCGGACUUAUUCGAUACAAUACUGAAGGAAGAAUUCGAUUUGGAGGAUGAGAGCCCGACCAGCGAGGACUUCUUCCUUCUGGGCAAAAGUUCCACACUCCAAAAGUGCUCUGACAAAUUCAGAUCCAAUUUCGAAUCUGAAGACAUGAAUAAAAGACGCAGUACCAUACAUGUCACACCAAAAGAGCAGCAAAGUAUCGAAAAGCCAAGGGUAAGGUACUGGAAUGAGUUUGACGAUGAUCCUGAGUUUUAUAAUGACAAUGGAUUUUACAUCGAUGGAACUCACGGUUCAGCGGACGGCGAGGGAGUGAACCCAAAUUCUGGCUGUGGCUUCAUCCUUUUCAACAAGCAAUUUAUCGAAAAUACGUAUCGGUUGUGCCAGAGAGUAAGUGGAUGGUUUGAUCUGAGGGAUACAAAAUUGGUGCCGGUGGAUGCCAGCAGGUAUGGAUCCAUAGGUGAAUCCACUAGUAGUGCUUCCGCUAACUCCAUUAAUGACGUUGAAGCUUAUCUUGCUGAAGAAGAUGAUGAAUCUGGUCAAGUUUACGAAUACAAACACGAUCAAGUGAUCACUUUCAUGUACUUAUCUUCUCUACUCGCAGCAUGUGUCACCUCCGGAAUCUCAUUUGGGAUUGUAUUAGGAUUAUUCCACAAGAAGGAAACCGACGACGACCUGGAAGUAGCUGAUUUCCUAAUAAGCAUGAUUUCCUUAUCAUUGAUCAUAUCUUUGGUGCUUAUAUGCAGCAGCCUUCUGCUGCUUUUCAGCAGAUACAGGUUGGCACCCGCUUGGCAUUACAUCAGCUGUUUUGUACUGUUCCUGUUGGUAAUUCUCACCGUGUGCUACGGGUUUAUCGAAGUAUUCUUUUAA